AUGUGUGCGAAGGUGCCAGUGGACAAGUGCUGCCAGCCGUCGUCCCUCUAUACUCAGAGUUUCGUCUUCCAGACAGUGGGGACAGACCAACAGACGGACCUACAGACAGCUGGCAGUGCCUUCUCUAAGGGCAGGAAGGUAGGGAUGAGCGCCCAGCCUCCGAUGGCUUUUCCCCUCCCAGCUGCUGGAACCAGCUUGGCCAUGCAGCCUGCUCCUGGACUGGGCCCUGCCCUGAUCCCGUUUCCCGAGGCCGCCCAGCCACCCAGGCCCAUCACUCCAGCGGGGUACGGCGGGUACCAGCCCCACCCCGGCCAUGACCUCGGUUACGGCGGCCAGCCCCAGGAGCCUGUGCCGGCGGCCACCACGGCUCCCUCCUACCAGGACAGUUACAGCUAUGGACCAUCGACAGCCGCUGGUGGCUACGAGAACAAACGGGACCCGCCACCUGCUGCUGGCCUGCCUCAGCUCCCAGCCAUGGCCACGGCCACGCUCUGCCCACCAGGGCCCCAAGGAGCCUACGGUGGCAUUGGGUACAACCAAGCACAGCCCCUGCCGCAGGUGCCCACCGCCGAGGCGGGGCAGCCGGCCAGCGCUUCGCCCUCCACCUCCACCUAUCCCCCGGCGAGCAGCGCUCAGCCCGCGGCCUCCUCCCUCUCCACCCUGCCUUCCUCAUCCUCGUUCGGCCCAGCCUCCGCCCCGUACACCGGACCAAGCUACCCGAGCUAUGGCGCAUCCCCGUACUCAGCGGUCAGUCCUUACUAUCCCCCGCUGCUCCUCCCACAGAUGCGGCCGCCCCCGCUCCCAAAGCCCGUGGACUCGUCCCUGUGGGGCGGCUCGGGAAGCAAUCCCAGUGCCCGUUGCGCCAACAACUUCGCCAAGAAGCUACCAGUUGCCACCAAGCUGCCAAAACCCAGGGGUGGCCCCAAGCAGCUCCCGCUUCACUAUUGUGACAUCUGCAAGAUCAGCUGUGCUGGUCCCCAGACCUACCGCGAGCACCUGGAAGGGCAGAAGCACAAAAAGAAAGAGGCGGCUCAGAAUAUGGGCACCCAGCCCAACGGCAGCCCACGAGGGGUGCAGGCGCAGCUGCACUGCGACCUGUGUGCCGUGUCCUGCACCGGGGCGGAGGCCUAUGCCGCCCACAUCCGGGGCUCCAAGCACCAGAAGGUCUUCAAGCUGCACACCAAAUUGGGGAAGCCCAUUCCCAACAUGGACCCGGCGCCAGCGAACUCGGCCCAGGCCACCAGCACCAGCCAGCCGGCCUCCACCCCCCUCACCGCAGAGAGCCCCCCCGCGGCCCCUGCCAGCCCCAGCAUGUGUGCCCCAAGCAGGCCAGCGCCAGCCAGGAGACCGGCCACCUCGAAGGCCUCGCACGUGGGGCCUCCUGCGCUGCCGGCAGCAGACAGCAGAGCCCCCCAGGGGAAACUGGCACACCCCAGAUCAGAGCGGCCCGGAGAACCGCCCGCCCAAGGAGGCUCUGUGGAAGCUUCUGGAAGGUGCUGUGACGCACAGCCAGUGGGCCCAGGCUACGUGGAGGAGGUGUGCAACGAGGAGGGCAGAGUGAUCCGGUUCCACUGCAAGCUGUGCGAGUGCAGCUUCAAUGAUCCCAACGCCCGGGACAUGCACGUGAGGGGGCGGCGGCACCGGCUGCAGUAUAAGAAAAAAGUGAACCCCGAUCUUCCGAUUGCGGACAAGCCCAGCACGAGAGUUCGGAAGCUCCUGGAGGAGAGGCUGAGGAAGCAGCGGCAGCGGAGCAAGCAGCGUCUGGGGGAGCUGCGGCGCCGGCACGAUGAGAUGAGCAGGCGCUACGGCUCGUGCAAGAGGCGGCUGGAAGAGGAGCCACAGGCGCAGGAGGCGCGCUUGGGACGCCCGCCGGCCGACCAGCAUCCACCUCCCCUCAGGAGCAGGCCGGUGCUGUCCACAGCCAAGCCUCUGCCCAUGAGGCGGCCGGAGUCCAGCGACGACCGGCAUGUCAUGUGCAAGCACGCCGCCAUCUACCCCACAGAGGAGGAGCUCCUGGCCGUCCAGAAGGCCGUCUCCCACUCGGAGCGCGCCCUCAAGCUGGUGUCCGACACAAUGGCCGAGGAGGAUUCCGCGCGCCCAGAGCCAGAAGGCGGGGAGUGCAGCCACCCAGGCCCCUCUGCUCGGAUCCUGAAAGGCGUGAUGCGGGUCGGCCUCCUGGCGAAGGGCCUCCUCCUGCGGGGAGACAGGGCCGUGCAGCUGAUCCUGCUCUGCUCCCAGAAGCCCACCCGCGCCCUGCUGCGCAGAGUCACGGAGCAGCUGCCCCUCCAGCUCCCGAUGGUGACAGAGGACAAGUACGAGGUCUCCUCCGACCCUGAAGCCAACAUCAUCAUCUCCUCCUGCGAGGAGCCCAGGAUACAGGUCACUGUGUCCAUCACCUCGCCCCUGAUGCGGGAGGACCCCUCUGCAGACCGAGAAGGAACAGAGGUGCCUCCGCCUGACCCGGGAGAUGUCCUGAGCUCAGAGAAGUGCCUCCAGUCGCUGGCUGCCCUCCGCCACGCCAAGUGGUUCCAGGCGAGAGCCAGCGGACUGCAGCCCUGUGUGAUCGUCAUCAGGGUCCUUCGGGACCUCUGCCAGCGCGUGCCCACCUGGGGGGCCCUGCCAGACUGGGCCAUGGAGCUGCUGGUGGAGAAGGCUCUCAGCAGCACGAAGGGGCCCCUGAGCCCCGGGGACGCCAUGAGACGGGUCCUGGAGUGCGUGGCCUCGGGGACACUCCUGACAGAUGGGCCGGGGCUCCAGGAUCCCUGCGAGAGAGACCAGAUGGACGCCCUCGGGUCCAUGACCCUCCAGGAGCGGGAGGACAUCACGGCCAGUGCCCAGCACGCCCUGCGCAUGUUGGCGUUCCGGCAGAUCCACAAGAUCCUGGGCAUCAACCCUCUGCCGCCCCCCAAAAGCAGGCCUGGGGCGCGCUUCCGGAAGAGGCCACGGGAGGUGAGCGAGGCCGAGGCCGAGGAGGGCGCCGGCCAGAGGAAGCGGGCUGGUGGGGCGGAGAGGGGCCUGUGUGAGCGGCCUCGCCUCCCCAACGGGACCUGA